AUGAAUCACAACACCGGCCAUUACCAGCGUAUUCAUGCGGCCAAGCGGUUGCUAGACGCCGGUUCCACGUUCGGUGCGGUGCGAUUUCGCGAUGACCUGUCGCUGGGCCUGCAUUUUGAUGUCAUGCGUUGUGAGGCGGACGGGGUCCACCUCGGCAAGCCCAUGGACAUCGGAUGGGAAUUCGCCGCGAUACUCACCAAUCAUGGAGCGGAAGCACAGAGCAUUUCCUCUCAAUGUCGUGGUUCGGCCGACUCGGGGACAGGCCAGGCCCUGGACUAG